UGACUUCCAUUAGGUGACUGUUAAAGUGUUUCCCUUUUGAUUUAGCCGAAAUUGGGAAAUUCGGAAGUUCGGGACACUUCGCAUUCGAGCCCUUGCUGUCCCAAAGGCCUAAACCAAACCCUAGAUCAGUGCGACGGCCAUCGAUUCACCGCCGGCCGUUUUCCCCUCCAACAUCUCGUCUUCAGUGAUCGACUGCUCGCCGCCACCUCUCUCGCGAUGUCGUCCUCGAAGCCGCGCCCCGCCGCCUCCAGCUCCGGCGACCUGCCCGCGGACGCUCUGUACGAGGUCCUCCUCCGCAUCCCGGCCAAGGACCUCUGCCGCCUCCGCGCCGUCUGCCCCUCCUGGCGCGCCCUCACCUCCGACCCAUUCUUCAUCGCGGCGCACAUGUGCCGCCACCACACGGCGCCCCCGCUCCUCGCCAUUGCCUACCGCGACGACGGUGAGGUCAACAGCGUUGCUAUUUCGGAUCUGUCGGGCAACAUCGUGAAGAGGUUUCCAAGCAACGGCUAUGAGAUUGUUUUGGUCAACGAGUCGGGUGAUGCCGUUCGCCGGCUCACAAGCAAGGGCGAUAUCAUCCGUGUUGCACGCACGCGGCUAGACCUCGUCUGUUUCAACUGGGUUUUGUUCUCUCAGGUUUUCUGGGUGCUGAACCCGGCCAGUGGAGCUACCAUCACCUUGCCGAUUGAUUUUUCAGAGGAAUUGGUGCAUGAGCUAGAGGUGAAGGGAAUGAACAAAUGGCACUGCCAAAUCCAGUCGUGUGCAAUUGGGCAGGUCUCCUCUACCAGAGAGUACAAGGCACUACGUGUCUCUAGAAUUGGUGACCGGCAGGUAUGUGAGAUUAUCACCUUUGAUGACAUGAACAAUGGAAGCUGGAGGAGAAAACAGGACCCUCCGUCCCAUAUCUGUAGCGGUCACAAGAUGAGAUGGGUGGUCGUCCAUGGGAUGGUGUACUUCUUGAUGGACUUUUACUCCACAUACGUUGAAACUGGGGUUAUAACCAUUGAGCCUGGCAGCAUAGCUUGUUUCAACCUUGAGACGGAAGAGUGGGGUGUUCUACGUGGUCCAGAACAGGUGCAGAUGUUUGUGCAAGAGAACGAGGAUUGCAGUUACUCAAAACUUGAACUCCAGUUAUCAUUGGCUGAGUUGAAUGGUUGUUUGGUUAUGGUUCACAAUAUUCAUAACAUAUCUAUGGACUUGUGGUUUCUGACAGAUUUUGAGAAAGUUAUCUGGGUUAAGAAAUACAGCAUGCCUUCACGUGUUGCUAGGCCUUUUAGUUACCCUUUUCUGAUGUUCGAUGAUGGGAAGAUCUUCUUCAGUGCAGAGGGUAAUCUACAAGGUAUCCUUUGUAAUGGAGAGCCAGGAGAGGGAUUUCUGCUAAGUUAUGAUCCAAGACAUGACACUUAUCCCGAUUCGCUAAAACUGAGAGACCCCAAUUCCAUUGGCAUUUAUACAGGAAGCCUGCUGAGUUUAUAGAGUGGCUGUCACCGAUGAGGUUAAUAAUGUAUCGUAGUAGUUGCUAUUAGUUACCUUAUGUGAACAGUUAGUGAGACAAUGUACUGAUGCAUGAUCUGAUGAAAGAGUACUUUUGUGCCUUCCAAGUAUAUUAUGUCUGAAUAUAUUUAUAUGAGAGGAUUUAGCAGUUUAAUGUUCGCCCAA